GAACCACAAGCAUGUUACCCACAUUACUGAUUCUGGGCCUGAGCGCCGUCGCCAAUGCACAUGUCGCCGCCUGGGCGAAAGGGAUGUACUGUCUGAACGGCACCUCCGGCACUGACGAUCCCAACACCAACACGGCCGUCAACCCCCUAUACAUGCUCGACCAAUCCGACUGGUGGUUCCAGCAUGACCGUGGCUGCGACAGCUUUCCUCCAGCAGACGGCGACUUCCUCGAGCUUCCUGCCAACGGGCAAAUCACUGUGGAGCUGGCACACAACCGCGCGCAGACGACGCUCUCGUACAAUGGCCAAUACGCGGGCGAUUGGCCCGACGGCAAUGAGCAUCCUGAAGACUGGUCGGGUCCCGGGAACCCACCUGACUGUAUCCAAGAUGACGGGGCGAUGCACACGCAGAACCAAUCCAUGGCCGCGGGGACGGCGUUCGCGAUCAGCUAUCAGAGCGACUUAACCCAGGUGACGAUGGAGAACCUUGUUGUGUUUAGUGUUUUAGAGCACACCCCGUGGAAGAGAUUGGCGACGUACGACGUACCGGAUCUUCCUGCCUGUCCACCUGCAGGCUGCACCUGCGCUUGGCUUUGGGUUCCCAACGGUUGCGGACAACCUAACAUGUACAUGCACGGUUUCAAAUGCACCGUGACGGGAGCCAGCUCGACCAAGACUGUUGCUGCGGCACAAGCUCCUGUCUACUGCGGAGACGAUUCAUCGAAAUGCGUCAAGGGUGCCAAGCAGAUGAUCGCAUGGAACCAACAAUCCGGUAACAACGUGGAAACACCCAUUGGGGUCAGUCCCGCGUACAGCAGCGUCUUAGGUUGGGAGAAUGGUGCUCAGAAUGAUAUCUUCGACUGAAUAUUUGAAACCCUAUGUGAUUACUUCGACGCAGCUUGAGUCGGGGCUUUUUGUACUAUAUCUCUUGAAUAAUUGAUUCUUCUGGUUGUGGCAUUCUAACUACGGCGGAAGCAGACAACCCUCUAUCCAAGGACGAGUCUGACCAUGGAUCCUGUCGCAAUCCUUUCCGGAAACCGUACGAUGAGAAAGGUCUUUGUGAUUGCUGCUAACGUUGUCGAAAGCGAAGAUGCCGUCUUUUCUUAUUAGAGCAGGGUGGCUAUAUUGAGUAUAUUACAGGGUC